GAUAAUCUGUGCAAGUUACAGACUAAAGAAAGAGACUUUUUAUGGAACCUUUUUAAGUGACAGCUUGAUUUGGUUUGGUUUCUGCUGCCGUGCUAUUGUGCUAUUUUUUUCGGUUCUCAAACGAUAAUCGUCUUAUAAUGUCUAUUUCUACAGCUACAGAUGAUCGCACUGAAGGUGAUGAUGACACAUCCCAGGGAAGCCACCCAAAAGAUGAGAGUGAAUCAGAAAAUGACAAUGAACAAGAAAAUGAUAAUGAACAAGAAAAUGACAAUGAACAAGAAAAUGAGCCACAGAAUCAAAAUGGUGGCACAGAGAGCCCUGAAGUUCAUGAGAUAACCAGUGAUGAAGAUGUAGUUACCAAUGAUGAUGAAUCAUCUAAUUCAAGCACUGAUUCAAAUGAUAGUUCAGAGGGAUCACAGCAAAGUGCCAGAGAAAGGGACAAACAUAAAGAUGAAGAGCCAAUGGAAAAUGGUGAAGAAUCAGAUGUUGAAGAAGUUAAUAUUGAGGAUCCUUUAAAUCAAGUAUCAACAAAAAACAAAGCUGUUCUUAAUGACACAAAAAACUUUUCAGAUUUAUCUAAGCAAGGUAAAUCUAAUGGUGAAGAACAAAUUAAAGAGCCAACUGUUGUGAUUAUAGACACAAAUACUAUACUGUCUGGAAAAGUGCCGGCAUCAGCACCUAUCAAAUCAAACUCAAGUCAUGUUGAUGCAAAAAACCUUUGCCAGAGUAUUGCAGCUCGUGGCACCACCAUUACACCUAUUAGUAGUAAAAAUAAUACUCAAAAUUCUAAAGCUAUCAAUAAUAGUGCUCCAAUCCAACAGCCUAAUAUAUUGCCUUCAUUGACUGAUGACAUGUUUGUGGUUGAAGCUCCUUCAUUUAUUGUGCCCUAUGUAUAUGAAAAACCAUCUCUAAAACCAUUUAGAGAAUUUGUUGACAAGCUUGGAAAAGAAUUAGAAGAUUUGAAAGCUAAAGAGGAACAGGAAAAGCUUGAAAAAGAAAAAGCAGAAAAGGAAAGGAAAGAGAAAGAAAGGAAAGAGAAAAUAGAGAGAGGUGAGAUUGUUGAGGAAGAAGAAGUUGAGAAAGAAACAAAAGUUGAGACUGAGGAAGUGAAAGAGAAAAAGGCAGAGAAAAAGCAAAAACGCCGCAGGAAUGAAGAGGAUGAUGACUCAUGGGAUGGAGAAUCAAGCUCUGGUUCUGAAGGUGCAAGUGAUGAUGACACAGUUGUCAUCAAAGACAGAGACGAUUCAAUUGAGGAACUAAAAGAUCCCAUUGGAAUUAUUUCAAAAAGCACUGGUGGUAAAAGCGAUAGUUAUUUUGAUUGCUCACUGGGACAGUUUUUCAUUAAUAUUGGUGUUAAUUUAGUACAAGAAUUUGUGCAAAGUGAUUUAUUGAAGGUACAGAACCGCAAACUAUAUAAAGAGAAAAAAACUGGACGCAGCACAAAAGGAACUGAAGCGGCUAUUGCAUCUCUUACACAGAAUUUAGCAUUCAGUAAAAAAUUAAAUGCUCCUUAUUCCUUGGAUCAAAAACAGUGUGAGUUUUGUAGUUUCAAAACUGAAUCAACACUUGUACUAAAACAUCACUUAGAGGCACCUCAUAUGAAGAAUAACAUUUAUAAAUGUAAUACUUGUGCCUUUGAAAUUCGAAGUCCUCAUGAUAUUCUAUUCCACAUGGAAGCUGAACACAAUAUCAGGGGAAGAUUAGAGAGGGCACCAGCUUAUCAGCAAUGUCCUAGUUGCCACUUUGAGGACAAUAGUAAAACUAAGUUAGCACGCCAUCUUAUUGCUUGUGCUAAGAAGUUCAAACCUGAGUUUAAUCUUGGUCCUCCACUGGACUGGGAGCCCCCCGCAAAAAUACCAAAGUUAUCUAGAGCCAGAAACAAUAUAAUGAACCCUUACCAAACCAACUUUAACCGUUCACAGAUGGGUAUGAGUCCUUUAGGACGACCUCCAUUGACAAUAGGUAAUCCUACUUUGUCCAAUUUGCCCUUAGUUGGAGGGAGACCUAGAGGUCGUCCACCAUUAGGUGGCAACACCAGAGCCCCAGUGUCUGGGGUUCCCAUCAUUCGCAGUGGAGUAAUGAUAAUGCAUAACAACCAGCCAAGUGGGACCACCAUUUCCAAUUAUCCAGUUCUACAAAACAAUCAAGGCAAUCAUACUUCAGCCACUCCUAAGAUAUCCAUCACACCUUUACCGAGAGCUCCACAACCAUCAUCAUCAAACUCAACACAGAAUUCCAAAAAUUCAUUUGUUAUUUGUGAAAUCUGUGAUGGCUAUAUAAAAGAUUUGGAACAACUCAGGAAUCACAUGCAAUGGAUCCACAAAGUUAAGAUUCAUCCUAAAAUGAUAUACAACAGGCCUCCAUUGAAUUGCCAAAAGUGUCAAUUUCGAUUUUUCACUGACCAAGGUUUGGAGAGGCACUUGCUUGGGUCACAUGGCUUAGUUACCAGUUCCAUGCAGGAGGCGGCUAAUAAAGGCAAGGAUGCUGGUAGGUGUCCAGUUUGUGGACGUGUUUAUCAGUGGAAACUAUUGAAUCAUGUUUCCAGAGAUCACAACAUGACCCUCAAACCAGCACACUUGUCUUACAAAUGCACUGUUUGCACUGCUACAUUUGGCAUGUAUAAACAAUUUGAAAACCAUGUGUACUCAGCCCACAGUGUUGUUGCCAAGCGUGUGAUAGACAAGAACAAGGCUCCCCCUGCCACAGCAAAAGCUACUGACAAUGAUGCCUUGCUCAAACCUCUAAAGAUCAGUGACGAGAUUACAAUCAUACCUCAACCAGCCAAGUCCUCUGUCACCAUCACUGCUAAAGGCAAAUAGCAUUUAUAAUAUUUGGUCUGGGAGAAAUUAUCACUAAUAAUGUAUUCCAUUGGCUUGUUCAGCUAUGCACUUUGCAACAUCAGGCAGUAUUGUAAAUAUCUUUGUUUACAUGGGCAUCAUACACUCUAGAAAACAAUUUAAAUGAAACUGUACCUUUACCAUAGCCUCGCCCUCUCAAAGAAGCUAGUGACAAUAUCAGUUGUGUACAAACAAUCUUAACAGUGUCUAAGUAGUCACUGUAUGGAAAAUACAUUUGAUGUUGCUCCGACUUCUAAAAGGGCAAACUGAUAGUAGAGAUGCAUAUAUAUUAUACAGAUAAAAUGUGUUAUCAAAAGAAUGAGAAUGUUAUUUUUAAAUGAUACAUAACAAACGGAAUAAUAGUAAGUUGUAAAUUCAGUGUAUAAUACUUAUUGUAAGAUCGUGAAUUUAAUAUUUUGUGACCUUUGUAUUAUUAGCAUCACUCAAUCUGUGUGUAUUCGUGACUAUUAGGCUGUCUGGUUUGUUUGUAUGUCACAAAGCAAGAAAUAAGCAAUUUAUCUUGUAAGAUCUGCGUUGGCACUGCACUAUAUGUGGUGUCAGGAUGCGUGAGUUAGAUAUUAGUUCCCUUAAUGAUUAUUAAGUAAUCUUAUUAUUUAUUUGCUACUUUGUUAUUCAUGUUUAAUCUGUGACUACGGUAAAUUAUUGACUCCCUAAUUUCGAUUUUAUUUGUUCUGAAAAGCUGAAUGUUUGCAAAUGUAAAGAUAUUUCAUCAGGAAGUUUAAAUGAAGAUGGUAAAUCAAUUCUGAUUACGUAAGGUAUUAGUUAAGUUAAUAAGUUAGAAAUUUUAAUUAAGUAAUUAUAAUAAUUGAAUUUCCUUUGAAUUUUAACAUACCUAUAACAGAUUAUAGUUUAAUAAAGUCCACAGUAAAAAAUGAGUUAAAUUUUGGUCAGAUAUAAUUCUGAUGAACUGACAGACUUGUUGUCAUACAAACAAUAAACAUCCCCAAUUUGAUGAUGUACUUAUAGAGCCGAUUGACCUUUGUUUAACGGAAAUAAAUAAUUAAUGUUUACAUUUCGUUCUGAAGGGUUUUGUAAUGAUAUACGAGAAUUAAAUAAAGUUAUUAAAGUAAAACGGAA